UGCCAGCUCGGUUUUUAUUUACUUUUCUGUGCGGCGCGUUUUGUUCAAGAACAAAUGAUUAUAACAGUGACAAAGACACAGUUAUAUGUUUAGUGGUUAGAUAAAUAGUUAUAGGCAUAGACGACACAAUCUCACAGCAACAGAAAACUCCCAUUCGAGUUUCAAGAUAAAAACACGCAUCCAAUCAGCGGCACAAAACUUCUUAUCAGAAAAACGACGAGCCCAAAAACAACAACAACACAACAAAAGAUAGCGAAACAGUUGGUCGGCUUUAUCGGAAUUUCUGUGCGCGGAGAAAGUCUCGAGAACUUUGAGGUCUGACGUGUCGCUUGAUUGCGGGCGAUAGAAGAACGGAACGGAGCGGAGAUGUGUGGAAAUCCGGCUGUGGGAAACGGGACGAGGGCGUUGAUUCUGGUCGGGGGCUACGGCACCCGGCUGCGGCCCCUGACCCUCAGCACGCCCAAGCCGCUGGUGGAGUUCGCCAACAAGCCCAUUCUGCUGCACCAACUGGAGGCGCUUGUAGAUGCGGGAUGCCGCCAGGUAAUUUUAGCCGUCAGCUAUAGAGCUGAGCAAAUGGAAAAGGAGCUGAAAGUGGAGGCUGACAAACUGGGCGUGGAGCUGAUCUUCUCCCAUGAGACCGAACCCCUGGGAACAGCAGGACCCUUAGCUCUGGCGAAAACCAUUCUGGCAGCCAGUUCAGAGCCAUUUUUCGUGCUAAAUUCGGACGUCAUCUGCGACUUUCCCUUCAAGCAGCUAGUGCAAUUUCAUCGUAACCAUGGAAAAGAAGGCACUAUUGUGGUCACAAAGGUCGAAGAACCCUCAAAAUACGGAGUUGUGCUGUACGAUGAGAACGGCUGCAUCAAAAACUUUAUUGAGAAGCCGCAGGAGUUUGUGAGCAACAAGAUCAAUGCUGGCAUUUACAUCUUCAAUCCCUCGGUGCUCGACCGCAUCGAAGUUAAGCCCACCUCAAUAGAGAAAGAGGUUUUUCCGGCGAUGGCCCAACAGCAGGAGUUGUAUGCCAUGGAUCUGACUGGAUUCUGGAUGGACAUCGGACAGCCCAAAGACUUUCUAACCGGAAUGUGCCUCUAUCUGAGCUCGCUACGACAGAAGCAAUCUCCUAAGCUGUACACAGGACCUGGAGUGGUCGGCAACGUGUUGGUGGAUCCCACGGCUAAAAUUGGCGAGGGUUGUCGGAUCGGACCAAAUGUCACUAUCGGUCCGGACGUGGUUAUUGAGGACGGGGUGUGCAUAAAGCGCUCGACCAUCCUAAAGGGCGCCAUCGUUCGCUCUCACUCCUGGCUGGAUUCCUGCAUUGUCGGUUGGCGUUCUACUGUGGGUCGUUGGGUUCGCAUCGAGGGCAUCACCGUGCUGGGCGAGGAUGUGAUCGUCAAAGAUGAGCUUUACGUUAAUGGAGGCCAAGUCCUGCCCCACAAAAGCAUUGCCGCUAGUGUCCCAGAGCCACAGAUCAUCAUGUGAGCCGAUGGUCUAAGCCAAUUAGUGUAAAUACAACAUAGUUUUGUUCAGUUCCGCCGCUUCGGUAUUUUAUAAAGGUGCCUUCUGCUUGAAUGCUCUCACCUACGAUUGGCAAUAUUCACUCGUUGAAGGGAAAAGAAAGAUACAUUUCCAACAGUUAGCUUUGCUAUCUUUUUAUAAACUAAAGCUCAAUUUUCUCCUCUGUCGAUGGUGGAAAAUCUGACUAAUGGUCUGAUCAUAAUACAUCAGCCGAUUCUUUUUGUACUUUGAUAAGCGAGGUAAAAGUUUAAUUUUUUAAAUUAUAUACAUACGUUAGUCAAAUAUACAUACGUAUCUACGAAAAUAACCAAA